AUGUCAGCUAGAUCACUUGACCUCAACCCAAUCGAGAACCUUUGGGGUGACUUAGCAAGAAGAGUUUAUGCAAAUGGGAGACAUUUUACAUUUACAACAGAGCUGAAAUAUACUAUCGAAGGUAGAACAACAGUUAGCGAAUAUCUAACGCAAUCUACAACUGUCACUGACUUUCAUACACCGGAAACUAAAACUGUCAGUGAUACUGAGGCAGUCGGAUCGACAACACCGAUUGUUCACACUCCGCCAAGUAGAACAACAGUUAGCGAAUAUCUAACGAAAUCUACAACUGUCACCCACUUUCAUACACCAGAAACUGCAACAAUCGACACGGAAGAAACAGAAGCCACGACGAGAACAACUGUGUUCACUAAAACAACGGGAACAUGUGAAGAGCACGAAACAAAAUCAACAACCGACACGGAGACCGUAAAACCAACUUGUAAAACUGUCAGUGAUAUUGAGACAAUGGAACCGACAACACCGAUUGUUCGAACUCUGCCAAGUAGAACAACAGUUAGCGAAUAUCUAACGAAAUCUACAACUGUCACUGACUUUCAUACACCAGAAACUGUAACGAUCGAUACGGAAGAAACAGAAGCCACGACGAGAACAACUGUGUUUACUAUAACAACCACUCGCCGAGAAUGUCUCACGCCUCCUGCUCCACAAACUACAGUCACCAGCUGUUACUACAUUAAGAAGGAUAUUUGCAGCAAGGAGCGUUUGAGUCGUUGGGUGGCUGCCAUCAAAGCUUGUGUAACAUCGCUCCUGAAUGAACAGCGGCAUAAAAUUGAAGACCUCCUGGAAGAUCUCCACCUGAAUGUCUUGAAAGCAGUUUUGCUGUCUUGCAUUCGUACUAUCGGUGAUACUAAAUGCAGGGAGAACAUUAAUGUACUGAAAUGGGUGGUCGAAAAAGAAAUCAUUGUAGUUGGAAGAUACGCAGAACGUGCAACCGGAUUUACCGAUAGAGUUCCUGAUGAGGUAAAGAAAUGCGUAGCUGUUGUUGAUGAGUUGAAAAUGGAAGAAUGCUAUCCAGGUUUUUAUAACAUAUUAAAUGAUGUCAUCGUCUACGGUGAAACUAAUGUUGACAUCACCAAGGAUAGUAACACAAACCUCGAAUGCAUCCCAGAUUUGAUGAAGCAUUGCAAGAAAAAGAGCCUUCAAUUUCUGGAAAAGAUAUUUUACGUGAUAUUUAAAAUAUGCAUUCCUUUCAACAAAAACCCUGAAGACAGAGAGUGUACAGAAGAACCUCCUGAGGAAGAAACUACGGAUGGCAUUGAACAAAAAAAGGAUUUGGAUAGUAGCAAAGAACAUUGCACGGACUCUGAUAUUCAGCUAAUUCUUCAAUAUUUGGAGAGAUGUUUGACAAUAUCAGGCCGAAAAGUGUAUGAGUUAUUAAGAUGUGUGAAACAGUAUACUCCUAAGUGCACUUUUACAAAAUGGGAUAAUUUUGCUGUACUUUAUGACCAGAUAAUAGACAUGGCAAAGACGUUUCCAGGAGUUGAUCAAAAUUGCAUGGAAAACCUUGACUCUACGCGCACAAGAAAUUGUGCAAAACAAAUGAUUGAAGUUGUGUCAGUAUUUCAUAGCUCCGCGACAGAUGUUGAUGAGAGAACUCUGAAAUCAGUUUCAAGAUGUUUUCGACGGGCAUUGUCUGAUUGCUCAUCACGUGUUACUAAUAAAUUUCUUAAAAUGCUUGCAAAUCUUUCAAGGCUUCGUGUCUUUCCUUCGUCUCCCACGCCUCCAGAUGAUUCCAUUCCCAAUUUUAGUAGCAUUAAAGUGGAUUCUGAUUCAUUAGAGGUCUGCGAAGUCGUAGUAACUGAACAAGGAGCAACUCAGCCAUCAUCACUUCAAGAAUGUGUUCCAGUCUAUUUUUUUAAUAAGGGCCAAAAAGUAACUGUUAUAAAGCGUUUCAUCUGUCAAAGUGCAGAAAUUUCAGAAUGGUACGCUGGGAUGCAUGAUUGCACCAAACAAAAAACGAUGAAAAUUGGAAUGAAAGAUCCAUAUAGUCUAACAGUUGAAAAGAUUUUAAAAAUAGCUAAGGAGUGUUCGGAAAGUGGUAUUAUCUUAAAGUGCCGUCCCAAAUACCGGAGAGAAUUUAGAUCAUUACUGGAUUUGUUUCUACAGCUGACAAGGAAAUUUUCUGUGCGACCUGAGAAUGGAGGGUGUCAUGACGCAUUGGUAAUCAAAAACAUCUUACCAUGCAUAUAUACUGCUCAUAAAUAUAUGAUUUCCACUCAAAAAGAAUCAGCUUUGAAAGCACACAGCAAUAAUUCUCUGUAUGGCUAUCAGAAUUUGGAUCCAUUUUAUGCUCCCAAA